ACAUCAUCGACAUUUUACGAGAAAAAUGAUGACUAAAAAUCAUAUUUUUGUUUAUCCCAUUAGAUAAUGAUAUUGUUUGUUAAGAUAUUUGAUAAAAGAUGAAUUCGUUCAGACGAUGGCUAUACAAGCCAAAGAAAAAUGACAGCACCCUAUUGGCCAAUUUCUACUUUGCUGAUGAUGACUUGAAUCAAGUUGCGGCUGAGUUGGACAGUUUUGAUGGCCGGAAGGAUCCCGAACGAUGCACAAUGCUGGUUAACCAGCUUCGUGUGUGUCAGGAUAAGGUCCUCACUGUCAUCCAGAGGAUCAUGAAUGACGCCAUCCCGACCCAGAGAGCUAGCCGGGACUUUCGGGUCAAGUUCCCAGAUGAUGUCCUGCAGGAAAGUCUUGCUGGACAGCUCUGGUUUGGUGCUGAGUGUCUGGCGGCAGGCUCAAGCAUACUGAACCGUGAAGUAGAAAGUGCCAGCAUGCGCCCACUAGCCCGGGCUCUCACCAAAAACCUAGACAGUCUACGGGGCGUGCUCCGGGAACAGUGCCUUAGAUCCUGCACCGAAUAUACAUGGAGGAUUCAGGAAGCGCUUGUGAUAUUUGAUAAGUUGUUUGCUGAAUUUGAGCUAAGUUACGUGAGUGCCAUGGUGCCGGUAAAGACAAUGAAGGAAUAUGACAUGUUACAAGAGGUCACAGUGCUCUUCUCUGAGACUGUUCACAGAGCACUCCAGCUGGGCCUGUUGAGUCAAGAUACGGUUGAUGACUGCGACCCUGCCCUUAUGUUCACCAUCCCCCGUCUAGCCAUUGUCAGUGGUUUGCUGGUGUACCCUGAGGGCCCCCUUAACCCGGACAUGGAGCCGACUAACAUGACAGAGAUGUUCAGACCCUUCCAGACCCUCUUACAGAAAAUCAGGGAAUUGCUGCACACACUGAGUGAGCUUGAACUGUCCAUGUUGGAAAAGUCCCUGUGUAGCUGUGAGGAGCCUGAUGUGCCUACUCCAGCCCUCGUCAGCCAAUCAGAUGCCCUGUUACAUGCAGGCGGCCAAUCAGAGGUCCUGUUACAAGUGGACCAAGGCUUCCAUGAAGGGGGGGAGGGGAUAGUGCCUGUUGAUGCCAUAAGUCUGGACAUUAAUGACUCCUCCCCUUUGUCAGGAAGUCCGCGGACUCCUGUCAAUCAGAUGAACUCAGAACCAGACUUUGCACAGAUCUCGCCAUGCUCAACCCUGGUGGAUGAAUUUAAUUCAAGUGGUAUGGACGAUAACAGGUUGAAUCUGAAUUUGAACAAAUCAGAAUCCCAGGACUCAGGUCUUCACAGUGAGAACGUGAGUACAUCAGACACUGUUACGGUGGAUAGUCCGCCUGCUGUUGCACUUGAACAUGACAGCCCACUCACUUGUGUUAGAACUGCUACCAGCGAUUCUCGGCUCAAUUCUACAAACACAGUUACAGUGGAUAGUCCAUCUUCUGUUUCGCCUGAACAUGACAGCCCGCCCACUUGUGUUAAAACUGCUACCAGUGAUUCUCGGCUCAAUUCUGCAGAAACUGUUAUGGAUAAUAGUCCACCUGCUGUUGAACUUGAUCAUGACAGCCAGCUCGCUAGUGUCAGAACUGCUUCCAGUGAUUCACGGCUCAAUUCGGCAGGCACUGGUACGCAGGCGACAGAAGCCGAACACUUUAGUAAGGAUCAAACAACUUGUGAUACUGAAAAUAUUUGUGAUAAGGAUACAGAUGGUGAUAGUGAUGAAGCUGAUAGUGUUUGUGAAAGAGAUGUGGAAGGCACAGCAAACUCUUCUUAUGAUGUUGGAGAUUGUAAACCUGUCAAUGAAAGUAGUUGUGAACAAAUUGGUGAUACUAGUAUUAAAUUAAAUACUGGUAAUAGUGAUAGUACUAGUUGUGAUACUAGUAAACAAAGCAUUGAUUCUGAAGUUGAUUGUUUGUCACAAAAUGAUUCAAUCCAAGGUGCUACUCAAAAUGCAGAUAACAAUGGAAGUUUAUGUGAAAACUUCACAGAGCAGAGUGAAAUAAGUGAGGAUCCUCUUGUUAAAUCCUCAGCCGAAGACACUGUGGGUGAAAUUUCCUCAGAAAGCUCAUCUCAUCCUACAGGAGUGGCCCGUCAGUUUAGCUGGCAGUAUAACGUACAAUUUGCCUUGCCCCAUAUCAGUCUGAACCAAGACCCGGACAUGGAUCGGCAGUCCUCGGGCUCGUUUUCCAGUGACAGUACUGUGUCUGAAGCGGGACAUAUUGGGGAGAGCGUGUCUGACUUUGUGAUUGAGACACUAGCCAAUAUGAACAUGGGAACUGACAGGAGCAGGACCCAGUCCUCUCAGAGUCAUCACAAUGUAUUGUCAAAGCGGUUGGACACAAUGGAAAGACACCAUCACCACAACACUGCUGCUAACCAUGGCUCGUCAUCAUCAUCAUUCUGUCCCCAGAGGAGUAGAGAAGUCCCGGACCUGUCUGUUCCCUCUACCUCACACCAACAACACGGCUCAAGACACCAUCGCUCAUCUAGCAAACCAAAGAGUUUAUCAGCACAGGAAAAACGAGACUCAGUAGAAAAUAUUAGUUGUGAGAUAGGUGCGCAAUCAGACUCAGGUGUGGGAGUCUGUCAGGCUGAAACUGCUGAUAAAACCAAUGAGUCCAGCCUGGAAGAACACAAAGAUACCACAAACAUCUCUCAAAACCAAAAAUCUAAACAUGCAACGAAUGGUGAUGAAUCAGAUCAACACACUAGUGUGACUGAUGGCUUAAAUCUGGAGCAGGCAACAGGAAUGAGCAAUGGUGGGGAUGUAGGGGUUGUCGUGGAUCCGGGGUCAGGUGGGCCUGGCAAAGUGGGGGUCAGUCUAGAUGGCCCGGUGUUAAAGUCGGAGGAGAUAGGGGACACAGAAGGCGGAGAGGAGCUGAGCAUGAGCUGUUCCAGCUGCCAGACCUCCUCAAUUGGCUGUGACUGUGAGAAUGAUCAGCUCUGCACAUGUAUAGGGAGUGAGACCAGUUCCUACAACUCAGACGGUAAUGACGAGGAGGAGGUAGCAUUGGCGAUCCGAGCUGCAGAGUCAGCAUCACGUAACGAGAUUAGGGCAAGGUUUUGUAACAGCACAGAUCUCAUACACAGACUGUUUGUUUGCAUAGCUGGUGUGGCAGACCAGUUGCAGACAAACUAUGCGAGUGAUCUCCGUCAUAUCCUCAAGUGUGUGUUUGAGAUGCACACUUCUGAUGAUCCCAUAGAAGACACACCUCCAGCCCCACCACCUCAGCAAACCACACCAGACACCAGCAACUCUCCAUCUACCCAUGAUCCUGCAGUGCCUAUCAACCAGGAGUCUCCUUGCAAUGGGAUGUCUCCUAACAACCAGAAUAUACCAGAAACAACCAGCCAAUCAGGUCCCAUCCAGCCUGACAUCCAGCCCCGACCCCGCGCCACCAGGGUCUCAUCCUCACCCAGAAGAAUAUUUGAUGAGCCCCCAGAAUGGGUCCCGGAUGAGGAGGCAGAGAGAUGUACUGCCUGCAAGACGUCGUUCACCUUCGUACGGCGACGACACCACUGCAGAAACUGCGGAAAGAUCUUUUGUUGGAAAUGUUCCUCCACAACGGUUCCCCUGCCGCAGUAUGGCCACCAAAAGCCUGUACGAGUGUGUCACCGAUGUUUCCUCUACCAAGUCUCCCACUUCACAGCUACAGCUCAGUACUGACACACAACUGUAUAGUUAGAUAUAGAGCUCCUUACAACGACUGGCAAAAACACUGUACAUAAGACAUGAGACCUAUGGGAUAGUCCGGUAGUGCUCAACAAUGUACAGACACCACCUUCUGCACGAAUGGCAUAAAGCUGUACAUAAGACAAGAGACCUAUGGGAUAGUCGGGUAGUGCUCAACAAUGUACAGACGCCACUAUCUAUCAUGACUGAGAUUACACAUUUCUGACACUGGAUAAUCUCAAUACCCAGGGGCUGUAUUCCUAAAGCAUCUUAAGUCAUUUCCUAACUUAAGUCGAUUUUCAAAAUUUUCAUAGUCAAUUAAACGAAAGGUUUAAGUGUUUUUAACAUAAAAGUAUUUUAUUUACAUUAAGGUCUCUAAAAAUAAUAAUAUUUUGGAAAAUCUUUAAUUCUUAUUUCAUAUGACUGAAGCAAUACUUGAAUGAGGAAAGUAACUUAAGUAAGGAGAUUUAUGAAUAUCGCCUAGAACUGGAAUUUCUUAGCACCAGCACAUAAAAAAUGAACAUUGAUUUUCUUUUGUGCAUCUGCGCCUGGGGCCAUAUUCAUUAACAUCUUAGUGAAAAUUUUCAACUUUGUGAAGAAUUAUUUUUUUGUAGAUUUAAUUUAAAAGAAAAAGAAAAUGUUUUACUCAAAAGAAAUGAAAAUAAGCAAGAAAAAAAUUCCAAGGAAUGAACGCAUAUGAAUAAAUUUAAUAAAAAUAAGAGGGUAUUUUAAAUAUACAUUGUUAAAAAAUAAAAAUAAAUCACUUAAAAGCUUUAUGAAUACAGCCACUGAACUUAUGUAUCACAGCCACCGCACCUUUGUAAGCCAGUACUCAAAUUAAGUAUCACAUUGGUAAGGCUCAGAUUAAACAUGGCAUUUAAUCCAUGCUGUUUGAAAAAUAAUCCUAUAUCUAGUAUUUUAUGACUAUACCAUUUUAUACUACAAAUUUGGAUAUAAACUUUAGACAGGGAUUGUAUUGUAAGAUAAUUUGUGCAAUGAACUGUUGUGUAUUGUUACAUAUUGCGACAUAAUUUAUGAUGUUAUGUUUGUGUUACUCGAAUGCAAUGUAUACGCUUCCUUUUAUACAGAUCUUAUAAACUUAAAUUAUGCUUAAGUUUUUCUGGAUUAUAAAAUAAUGUAUUUAAAGUGCCUAUUAUUAACAGUUCACCAGGGGGCCAUGAUUAUGAACAGUCUCAAGUCUGAGUCUAGACAUACAAAAGUGGUAUCAUUAAAUUACCAAAAUCACCUUUAUUCAGUUGAUUUUACAAUCAUAAAUAUGAACAUUUGUUCAUUUUCGAAAUAAAUAGUAAAAUUUUCUAGAGAGACAGUAUAAAUGGAAUGAAUAUUUGCAGUCUUGUGACUUAAGUCUAAUAUAAGACACGAGAGUUUAGAAUUAAUUCUCAAAAUCAGAAUUGAGAGCUUUGAACUUAAAAUUACUGUACAGUUGCUUAGAUUUUACUUUGCUAGGAGAUUUGCAUCUAAAACAGUAGGAAGUACCUUGAAAUGAAUAUAAAAGACUUGGGGGGACAAUUUCAAAUGGGGUCUAAACCCCUUAACCCGGCUAGGAACUCCUCAUAUUGAAACCACCCUCAGUAAUUUUCAGGAUUGACAAUUUUCAGCUGAUAGAACCCCAUUAUAUACUAAAAAAGCUAGGUUGUAUUAAGUUUCUGUUUUACAUGUCAUAGGUUUAAUGGCAUUGAUCUCCAGCAUAUACAUUUAUGUGUGUUUAAAUUAUGCUUUAUGGCAAUUUAUACAGAUUUCUCAGUGAAAAGAUAUUGACGAUUUCAAACAGUGAAAUAAUUAUGUGAUAUUUUUCUCUGUUUAAAACUAAAAUAAUAAUAAUAAUAAUAGAAAUAAUAAUAAUAAUAAUGAUAACAAUAAUAAUGAUAAUUAUAAAAUAAUAAUAAUUGAUAACGUAUUGAUUUUUUAAAUUUUAUUUUUUUAAUUAAGAACGCAUUAAGGCACCUCAGUAUUUUGUCUAGUUACAACGUGAUCCUCAACUAUGACAUGUAGAUAUACAAAUGCAGGAAUGAUACAGUUGACUGCAGGUGGUGAAAUACAUGUUGUUUUUUUUCACCCUGUGGUGAACUCUAUGUAUGAGAAGUCUUUCAGGUCAAUUUUUGGUUGGGUAUUAUGGCAUUUCACCAGAUAACGUCUUGCGGAACUGGAAACGUACAUUUUAAGAACUAUAACUGUUUUUAUUGCUUUUAUCAUAUUUAUUUAAAGCUUAUAUGUGUUAUGUUGCAUUCUUCAAAGCUUAAUGUUUUUAUAUUUUACUGCAUUUUACCACAAUAUAUGUAAUCAAUCGGAAUUUAAAACAUUCGGAGGGUUAUCAAAGGGGUUAUCUAUGCUAUUUAUAUGCUUAGUGUCACUGAUUUUUACCAAAUAUCAGUUAAUUAGAUUGCACAUAUUUUUAAAUUAAAAAUAUAAAAAAAUAAAAUAAUAAAUUGUAUUCAAUUGAACGGAGAAAUCUUUAUUAAAGACACAGAUUUGAAUAUCAGGCCCAAAUUUUUAAAACAAAUCAUCUAUAACAGAAUUCAGCUAAGCUCACUUAGUUUGUUUUGGUUUCCCUGUGUUAUAUAUUUACUUGGAAGAGUUUUAUGACUUGUAAAUGGAAAUAUUGUUAUUAAAAUCACUAUAAACUGUUAUAUUAUUACAUGAACUUAAUGUUAAGGAAUGUUUUGGGGUACUUGAAAUGAGAGACUAAAUGUUGUUAAAUUGAUUCCAGUAAUUCAUCCUAGGAAUUAUUAUGCUAUAAUCUUUGACAAUUUUUUUUAUUUUCUAGGUUAUAUUCUUCUCUUUGCAAAUUUUCUGUUGUUUAUAACACUAUCAAUUAUUACAAUGUUGAGGUAUUUCUUAUCUUGAAAAAAUGAAGAUUUUUGUGCAAUAUAUGGUACAAGUUAAUAAUUCUAGUGAUUACCAAUCGUGUUGAAUAAAGAGCAGUUUCAUAGCCUUAUGUAAGUCAUGCCCCAAUUUCUUGCAACAUCUUAAAAAGUCCCUUAUACAGGGAUGUGAUUUGUCCGCGGAUUCGCGGAAUUCCGCGGAUCUAAUGCCCCAGGGACUCCCCCCCCCCAAAAAAAAAAAAUAAUAAUAAUAAAAAAAAAUAUAUAUAUAUUUUUUUUUUAGCUGAUUAAAAAAGUUACUAAGGUGCUUUUGGUUGUUAGAGUUGAUAUACCUGUGUGCUUUAAAUUUCAAGUCAGAAGAACCCUCAAAAGAGCUUCCAAAAAGCCAGUUUUCUUCUAAGGCAGUGUGCUUUUGACCCCAAAAGUGCCCCCAAGAACCCAUGGCUGAAAUGGUUUCAGCUCUUCAGCUGCCAGGUUAAUCACAUCCCUGAACUUAUAACAGAAUUAAGCUAAGCUCACUAUUUUUGCUUUGAUUUAAAUUUUGUAAUAUUUACAGUUUUUGGCGUUCCAAAGGAAACCAUCUUUAUGAUAAUCACAAUAAACUUCUUUUUAGGCUUAAAAACUUUUGAGAUAUUUGGGCCUUGUGACAAAAACUUCUAUUCUUCUUGAACUUAUAUUGGCACUGUGGACAUGAUUUCCAGCUUAAUUUUGAAGAUGUGUUUUGUUACCUUAUGAAUAUCUUUUGCACAAAUAUAACAUAAUGCUGUUUAUCAAUUAUUGUCGGCGAAUAUCAUUUCAUGCUUCGCUGGUAAUUAUAAUGUAUAGCUGAUGUUUCAGCCAAUGGGAUCAUCAAACAAAUUCUGAUUGAAUAAUUUAGAAAGCUUCUGACAAAAAAUGACUACCAAAGUUUUAUAUAGCCAUUAUGUUAUUUGUUUUUUUAAGCGGGUUAGGGUGAUUCUGCAAUUUAUGAAUUCAUUUCGGCUAGUAAAGACAAUAGAUUUGGCAAAGACAAUUAAUUGUUUAGCAAAGGAAAAGUAAACAUUUAACUAUUUCUUAUUACUGUUAAUACAUCUCUUGUAAAAUAAUUCAUAUCAGUUCUUGUGUUCAUUCUGAUUUACUAAAAUAAAAUUAAAAAAAUAUUCAGCAAAUUUGAAAAAAUUGCCUUCGCAUUGGACAAAAAAUAAUUUUGAACACUAAAUACUGUUCAGCUAUAUAUUGUAAAAGAAAAAAGGUCAGUCCUUGUAUAAGAAAAGAAUAAUCUGUGCAUAUUUUAUUAUCUACAAAUAUUCUUCAUUAUACUGAUAUCUUUUAAUCACCAAAGAAUAGUGUUUCUUGUAUCAUGUAUGUUAGGUGCGGCUAACUAAUCCAUUAAAGCAUUGUGAUAAAUUGUCUUGUUUUCUGGCUUUAGUAUUUUCAGAAUAACACAUUAUAGCUGCCAACUAAAAAGUUUUUAGAAGCUCAAAAGGUUUUACUAAAGUCACUUUUUAUUCACUUGUAGCAAUCCCAAAUAAAAGCUUAUACAAAAGCAUAAAUGUUCAUAUCACUUGGAUGAUUUAUUGUUUGAUGGUUAUCCUGGCAUAAAAAUCUCAACACUGUAAGGUUGUCACAGAAAACAAGAAAAUAAUUAUGUUUUCAUUUCCCUGUCCUCCAGGCAAGAAAUCAAUUUACAUAAAUACAUACCUAGUAGUAUAAGGAAACUAUGACACAAGGUACUUUUCCUCUGUGUCUAACAACUUCAAUUUUUAAUUAUUUCCUGGAACAUAGCUGAUGUUGUUUCGACUGGGAAGCUUAGAUUAGUACCCCCCGAGAAAACUGUGACCUUUUUGUUUUGUUUUUAAAUAUGAUAUGUAACCCUGAUGUUGUUUUAAACUGUGAUGAAUUAUUAUAUAACAUUAUUUCUUAGUUUCUCUUGCCUGUAGCAUUGUUUGGCCCGAAUUUCGCGAAACAUCUUAAGUCUCUUAUAACAGGAUUAAGCUAAGCUGACUAUAUUUGUUUUGGUAUAAUUUGUGUUAUAUUUACAUUCUUGAGAGAUUUUUGUGUUUAAAAGGAAAUUAUAUUUAUGGUUAUCACAAUAAACUAUAUUUUAUAGGUAAGAUAUUUGGAUUAAUUAAAUAAGUUACUCAAGAUUGUUAUGCUUAAGAACUUUCGAGUUAAUUGGGGCCUGUUAAAGAACUUUUGAGUUAUUCGGGGCCUGUUAAAGAACUUUCAAGUUAUUCGGGGCCUGUUUCUUAAGCUUUUCUUCAAAAUAGUUGUCUUAAUAAAUUAACACAUUUUUAACAUAGAGUUUUUUAUAUAUACAUACACCUAACAGAAUGCCUUCACAUUACGUUUUGUAUGAUUGAGUUAGCAUGUCAUUGUUAAUAUUGCAUACUAAAUGUAUCGUUUUGUAUAUGAAAUCAUAACCAUUGUCAAAAUACAACGCAUAUUCUUAGAUAAAUUUUGUAUUUGGAAAUACACAAAAGUUUGUUUA